AUCACUGCAAUCGCUGCUCCUUUUACCACUUUCUUGAACACAUUAGUCAUCGUCACCAUCCAGAAAACAAGAGAGUUACAGACGAACUCCAACAUUCUGAUCACUAGGUUGGCCAUUACUGAUCUGUUAGUGGGUGCGGUUUCAACGCCUCUGAUCAUCACAGUAGAUGCAUUAAUUCUUCGAGGAACUGUAUCAGAGAGCAUUGUAUGCAGUAUAAAUGAAAGCGCAGCAUUUGUGCUGUAUAGUGCUUACAGUGCUUCACUUAUGCAUUUAACUCUAAUGGGUUGGGAGAGGUAUGUUGCGAUUGCAAAACCUAUGAAGUACAAAGUUUUGGUGAGAAAACGAAGGAUUAAGAGGUAUUCAGGAAUAGUUUGGAUAACAGUUUUCACAGCCUUCGUGUUGCUAACGACAUUACAAGCCGUCACUCUUCCUUCUGAAUUUUUAACAGUUCUUCACCUUAUUGAGGGUGUUUUUUGGCUCAUCAGCUUUUUGGCGCUGGUGUAUUUUUACACUUUGGUUUAUAGCAAAGCACGAAAACAGAGCCAAUGCCAAAUCAGCCAAAUAACUGCCAAGAUCCAAAACAGAAUUGCGUUUACGGCGUGUCUGUUAACCGCUGCCGUUUUCCUUUGUAGCCUUCCUAUGGCCGCUUUUGUCGGUACAGUGGAAUUUUUGCCCAUUCUUCGCGCAAGUUCAGUUUUCCGAUGGUCAGAAGUUCCCCUUUACUUAAACUCUCUUUUAAAUCCUGUGCUCUAUUUUUAUAGAAACAGGCGAUACAGGAAAGCUGCACUAAAAUUGCUAAGAUUUCGA